AUGGAACAGCGAAGUGUCGUUAUCAGAAGAGUCCGUCGUAAGCAGCACAGCAGUUGCGAUCAGUGUCGGAAGGCAAAGCGAGCUUGCGAUGCGUCGCAAACCGUAGGAACAGUCCCCGUGGACGGUCGGAAGCAGCAAUCUCCGUACGCGAAAUCCGCCACCAGCGAAGAGAGGCUUCAAGUUCCAACCGCCAAGUGCAGCAAUUGCCGGAAAAGUGGUCGGGACUGCACAUUUUCAUGGCUUCAAGACAUCCUACCACCAAAAGCGACUGAUGGAGGCAAGAAAAAGCACCAGCAUCGGCCCACCGCGCAUGUGCCGAGAGAACAAGUCAUGUUCCAGACCAAUACACCUCACUUAGCGAACACUUCAGAUACCCGAAGGAGUCCAGCCAGGUCGAAGUUAGAUCAACACAUACAGGCGUGGGACUUCAGUCCCAUCGCGAAUGAGGCCGUAGACCACUGCUGGCUCGAGGCCUUAGGAGAUGCCCCCCAAGAGCGAGUUUGCAUAGGACAGGAAGAGUCCAGCACGGGUUUCCAAGAGUUGGGUUCUUGUAAGCCAGCACCUGAAUGGCGCAUCGACGAUAUAAGCAUCGAACAUGCAAGCGGAGGUCCCUCUCCAGAUGACGGCCUAGAGUUUUCCACUCUCGGUUGGACACAAGAUACGUCGAGCUUUGGAGAUACCAGCUUUGCUAUCCCGCAGAGCGACGGGCCACUCUUUCCUUUGACGGAGCCAUGUGCAGCGCCAGCCAGUAGUGCUUUUGGUACACAUGUUUCACCUUCCAUCCUAUCCGAAGAUACCUUGAUUUCUGGCACAAAUCGAUGGUUGCUCGCGCAGAACUGGUUGCAUGUAUACCAUGACAGUUUCGAAAACGCUUUGUCUUGCUGGCUAACGGAGAGAAACUGUCCUUAUACCCUUUCACAGAAACCUGACAGCCAACUUCACCCAGGGAACAAUUAUUUCUCCAUAUGGGGCCCACAGUGGUCGAACAGGAUAUAUGCUCGAGUCUGUAGCCUGGAUCGCUUUCUGAACAAUAUGCCGCGGAAAGGAUUAAAUAAGACGGACAACUCAUUGGCAGGCAAGGCAUUGCAUGCCGCCGUCAUGGCUUUCGGAGUACAGUGGGCCCAAGCAGGGCCGAGGGGGGACAUGAGAACAUAUAGUUCAUCAGCAGGCUCAACUUCAAAUGUACACGAGGACAUGAACUUACCAGCUGCUGACGAAUUUGGGAGGUCCGUUCAGGAAACCUUGUGGUACCAAGCUCGUCAAGCACUGCAGAAUGCAGCGGGCAUCGAGUCGUACCGGGUUGCUUUUGCCAAUAUCAUUUUCUCCCUCACCCAAAAGCCACUCAAGCUGGAGGACUGGGUACAAAAUUGGAAUUGGAAGUCUCGCGUGAAUGACGCCGAAUUUGGGCUCAAUGGGGAACUUUUGAGCGACCACAGGCCACUUCCGAGCAAAGCAGACAUCGAAUCCAGAUGGCAAAUACUCCAAGAUAUUAUAAAUGCCGACGGUCCCCCUGUAUAUCUUGAGGCUGCCCUGAGGCAACUGGUAUCUUCCCGCUGGACAUGGGAAAAGCGCCAGCGGCGACCGCCAUUGCAAUUCAAAAGUUUGCCGAACUCGAGGCCCUUCAACCUUGCACAGACCACCGACCCGAUUCCUGUUCCGACCGAAGAACAUCGUGAAACCUUCAAGCUCUUGUCUUGGCUCGCAAUCAUGUUCGACACUAUUUCAGCUGCGAUGUUGCAACGUCCUGUCGUGGUCUCUGAUGAAGACUGUAAAAUCGAAACCUCUGACCCCUGGCGCUCCGACCAUUCUGGAGACACACAGAAAUCGGAUGGUGCAGGACAGAACUCAGUAAAUAUCUUUGAUCUGGACGGCUGGGCCCCAGAUUCACUCCCAGAUGCACGGCGCGAUGGUAUAUCGAGCGAUCUGUGGGGCACAUUAUUUCUUGAAAAGUCGAAAUCUCGGACAUUUUCAUGCUUUGAUCAAGACCAAUUGCAUUUCAGCCUUGGAGAAGCAUCAACCAUUUUGUGUGAUGCAGCACCAGUCAAGGUUCUACUGUUUCGAAAAGUCGGUCGUAUCCAAAAGUUAAUGUCUAGACGAGCGUCUGGUGAAGAUUUAGAACUUGCAGUCGAUGAAGCACUGGGCGUGUAUGCUUUCUGGAACGACACUUACGGCAAAUUUAUCUCUUAUUGCAUCGCCAACCAUCACGAUCUUCCGCCCCGGAUUCAAUCCUGGUAUAUUGUUCUCGCAGGGCAUUGGCACUUGGGGGCAAUGUUGCUUGCCGAUGCCGUGGAAGAAAUGGAUCAGGCAGGCCUGAGUCAUAUGUUUCAGCGGAAUAUGAGAAGGACAUCGGACUUUUCGAACAGCCUGAGGAGGAGUAAUGCAAUCACUGUUUCCGAAUUAGGUCGAUGCUCCCUCCACGGGCCUUCGCUGUCAUUUCCAAAGGCACGAGAAUUUUCGUAUCCUGUCAAUCAGGUCGCAUUACUGUCGGAACCUUGGACGGUGGUACUUAUUCAAUCCUUCAGUAGAGCAGGCUACAUCUUCAUCCGUUACUUGAUGUCUUGGGACCAGUGGACAGAUAAGCUUUGGUCCAAUGAAGAUGAUGAACGAUACCAGCUUAGGAAAAGAUGCAGCUACUGCAUCGAGGGACUGCUCAACCUGGCAAACAAAUCGGACAUGGCAUUCCUGGCGGCAAAAUUUCUCCAAGACUGUCUGCGAAAUGCAUGA